AUGGCGGAUUUCAUGGAGGAGGGCAUAGAUCGUCUUCCUCUUCAAGUUCUUCUGAAGAACACGGUCAUGGAGGUCACCGUCCUCCUCAUAGACCACGUCCCACUGCCCCUCCAAGAUCCGAAUGCGACUCCGAUCGGCUUCACAGGAGUCACCAACGGAUACUUUUCUCUAUCAGACGCGCAGCUUGCUUGCACUGCACUAGGUGCAACUCUCACUGGUUUCCAAAAUGACAAUGAACGAAUGACAGUGGCCACGUUGGCAUUGGGAAAUCUUACAGCAAGAGGUGGAGCACAAGUAGCCGGACUUUGGCUUGGAGCCACAAAUCUUCCGGGAUGUAGAUCACCAAGUUGUGGUCCAUUUAACACGUUCCAAUGGACCGAUGGACACACAACUGGAGUCGGUGGAAUCAAAUGGGGAAUUGGAGAACCGGAUGGAAACAAUUGGCCAGGACCAACUGCUUGUAUUCAACAAUUCAUUAUUUCCCCAAACUUCGUGGCUGGAGCCAAUGAAUUUGCAGGUUGGAAAGGAGCAUUUGUCAAUGGAGAUCUGGAUAAAUACGCUUGUGUAUCACCCGCAUAUCCAUACACCAGAAUGUAUGCGUGUGGAAAAGUUGGAGUCAGACAAUGA